AUGAAAUUACUUUCAGGCUUCCAAUUCGUCUCUGUUAACUCUGAGACUGUACCGGAAGUACUAAAUAUCGUCUACAGAACGACGCUUGAUGGAGUCCCCGAGAUCAUAAGCGUUUUAUCUCACCCCAAUGACACCAUCCCAGACUUCGUAAACGUAACCCAUACCACGGAUGACAUUACUGGGACGUACGUACAAACAUCUGCGAAUAUCCACGACUCAUUCAACGUUAUAACCGAUACAUGCCCAGAAGCAGACCUCCUAAAUCUACCUCAUGAUGCCGCGGAGAUACUGAACAUGGUGAAUAACACGCAUCAGAACCCAGAUAUAUUUAACCUAGUCCGUGCACCUCAAGAAGUUUCCGAUGAUUAUUAUGGGCCAUUACAACACGCAAGUGAUACCUUCAACGCUAUCUCAACCCCCCAAAAUGCUUCAGAAAUAUUUGACGUUGUUACUGCACCCCACGACACAGAGAUGCUAAGUGCUAUAACAAACACGUCACAAGCAAUACCUGAUGCAUACAAUGGGUUAUCAACUAUGCCAGCUGUCCAAGAAUUGUAUGAACCUCCAGUGUCUGUUAAUGAAAUAGCGACGCAGUCGGUUACUUUGGACUCAAAAGAAACAGUGUCCGAUAUUCAAACAACAAAUGCUACACCUGAACUUUCCCAAAUAACUUCGGACACAAAUAAUAUCGCGACUAGAACUAUUACAACAACGAUAUAUGAACCAGUUACGGUAACGUCGGGUUUAUCUGUGACACCAAAGAAACCUUCACCUUCCAAAAAGUCUACUGAAGCUUGCACUGGGUUGAGCACGAAGUCGACAAGGACUUGUGUGACAUCGGCAGUCGCAGCUGCCACUCAGGGCGGUAAUGAAUUCGUGGACGAUCCCUACUUUGUAAAGAGUCAGAUAAUCGAGUUGCACAAUGGAAAAAAACUGCUGAUUGUGAACGGGUAUCCUUUCUACUUUAGACACAAAUUAAAGACGUCACCACUGAGCCGCUGGUGCUGCAACAGGAACUCGUGCAAUGCGUACGUGCACACAACCCUGGAUGAUAAUCGCGUCGUCGCCUACGGUGGGGAAAUACACAAACAUACCCCGACUCGGUUUAGAAAACAGAAGGACGGCCGGUUUUUCACACUGGCACGUGGAAAGCGAGGAAAGCAAGUAUUCUACUACAAGGGAUACACGUUCUACAAACAGAAGGAGCUGAGGAAACGUGGUGCGACCAGGUGGCGAUGCACGAGACACAGCAGGGCGAAGUGCACCGCGUAUUUACAUCUGGACGAUCAGCUGAAAGUUGUGUACGCUCCAAUUAUUUGCCAUACACAUAAUCCGCCAGCUAUUAAACGGCCGAAAGUGGAAACAUUUUAUAUGUAG